AUGGAUUACUUCGCUUCAGUUGAAGCUGGCUUCUGGAGUUUGAAACAUUAUGUCGACUGGUUUAUUAAAAAUAAUACUGAAUUGCCGUUAUGGGAGGCAUGUUUGACAGACUUUUACGACUCUUUAGAUUUUAUGAACAGUCAAAGAUCGAUUCCGCGAAUCUCUCGUUCUGUUGCUAGCAGAAUCAUUGGUUCCAAAGAGGAUUCUGAAACCAAAGCACUUAUAGAAGACCUUCGAAUACCGUACGAACAGGCAUACAACGGAAAAUAUGGAAAGUCUAUUUAUAAGACCGUAGUACACGUGCAAACGGAAGAAAAAAUAUUUGAGUCAGCUAGUAAAAAAAAGAAAACACGUCGUUCUAAAAAUCAGAAGGAGAUUUCUCAGGAAUUGGAAGUCUUGCCAAUAAUCCAUGAUGAAACUGAAAGUGAAAUCGAGAGCCAGAAGCACACAAGAUCUCAAAAUAGGCAAAAACGAAGAAUUGAUGGAUUUCAAACUCCGCCUCAUAAAUUUGUCAGUAACACAUACAAUCCAGCGAUAUCAAUUGAUGAGAACAUAUUAAGAAUGUCUUCUAAAAGUUUAGCGGAAUUAGAUGAAUCCAAGAAAUCACAAAAAAAUAAUCCAUUUUCUGGGUUUUCAAAAUCUUUGUCACUUGUUGAAUAUAUGGAAUUACUAUCAAAAAAACCAAGGAGGGAAGUUGAAUUGCCAGAAGAUUGGUGUAAUAUUGUUGAAGAAUAUUUUAAGGGCUGGGAGGUUGAAUCUUUUUCAAAACCAAUUCCAGAUAUAAAUGCCUCAAAUACCAGUGAACAUCAUUAUUGGUCAGAAUUUGGUCAUCAUUUCUUUUCAAGAGCAUUACAGGAAUUUGUGGGUCUUGAUUGGAGAGCUCUUAAUCAUAAUACAGAUAAAGUAAAUGAGGGAAAAUCUGCUGACUUGUUGGCAUGGAUGUGGACAACAGGAGAAGAAAUUUUUGUUGGUGAACAGGCUGGGCCUCCGACUAAACAUGAUUUAACAAAACUAGCCAAUGAUUCUUUUAAACUGUACAGAGAAAUGAGGGACUGUCUAAAUGUAAGAAUUUUAAAGGCCAUGGGCAAGGGUGAUUUAAGAUAUAAUGAUAGAGCUGUUUUUGGAAUAUUUGGCUACCUUUUUGAAAUUAAAAUGCUCAUAAUGUGGAAAGAUGGUGCAUAUAUAUAUGAAGAAUAUGGAUGUUUAAAUAUUGCAUCUAACCUGGAACAGAUUUCUAUGAUGAAAGAGGAUAUAUUAAGAUUACUGGAAUUUAUGAUGAUUAUUAAAAAUGAAGUAGAAAAUACCAUAACAGCAAAAUUUAAUAAUGAUACAGUACAAAUAUUAAAACGAAAAUUUAAUGAAAUUAUUCAAACGAAACCAUCACCAGAUAGUGCAGAAUAUGAUGAAGAGGAAGGAAAACUACCCAAAGAUGAAAAUAAAGUAGUUGUUGGAUAUGACGUUAAUACUUCGAGAUUGAGAAUGACGAAAUGA